AUGGACUCUGGAAACACGACCACGACGUAUGCCCCAGACGAGGUUUCGCCAAUUGCGGAUAUGCAAAAGCUGGACCUGGGCGCACUUCUGCUGGGCUGUGUCAUUCAAGCCAUUUUCUACGGAAACUCACUCUCUCUUCUUUGGCGGUAUAUAACAAAAGGGAGAGCGGAAGAUCCCCGAUGGUACAGCAUAGCGAUUGUAUUCGCGGGCCUUCUUUGCACGUUUAGCGUGUUCGUCACGACAGAUGCCCUAUGGUACUUUGUAUUCGGAAUGCUUUUCCAACGCGGUAGCCAGUCAAGCCCUCCGUGGUCAAUCGAUUUCUUCCUGCUCGUAAUUGCAUUGGUAACGGCUCUCGUUCGAGCGCUAUAUGUAUACCGGCUAUGGAGAGUCUGUUGGGCUCUGGAUCGCUUCCGCUGGCGCACUCUAUUUAUAGCCAUGUUGAUUUUGACGGCCAUAUUCACCACAGCCGAUCUGGGCAAGUGUGGCCACGAUAGUGCUCUGCGUCCGGUCGUGCGAUAUUUCGUUUCUAUCGUUCCGACAUACAACGUUGACACAGAAUACAGAUAUACUAGCAACGGAAGCACGCCAAACCGUUCUUACGCGGGUAGUGGGCCGAUCUUCUGUGUCGCUUUCGCCACUGGCAUAUCGGCGGACAUAACCCUGAUUGCCCUCAUGAGCUUCUCGUCACAUCACGCCAGAACGGAUAUGUACCGGACCAACUGCCUCGCCGAUUCAUUGAUUGUGUACAUCGUACAAACAGGAUUAUUGCCCGGUCUCAUGGAUGUGGCUUGCAUAAUCUCAUUCAUCGCCAUGCCGACGUCGAAGCUAUUCAUCGCGUUCUACGUCCAAGUUGGCGUUUUGUACCUGACCUCGUUGCUCUCAUCACUAAACACCGGUCGCUUCGUCAAGAAACGCGUCAAGCUGCCGAUCUGUGUCAACUUCAGCGCACUGGAUCGCGUGGUCGUCGACCCCGGUCCACCGUUCGCCCAGGAAGGCUCUUCAUUCUGUGCGACUCGGGCGCCCUCGCUCGCAAUAGACGAAGAUACGCACAGCAUUUACGUGCCCGACGAGCUGUACUACACCGAGGAGAAGGAGCUCACACCAGACAUCGAGCAGGCCCCGCAGCAGCUCGAGCGGGAGCCGCUCACGACCCCCUACACGUACGUCAUGCGCCCGCGGGCGUUCACCUUGCCCAGCCACGACAGGCGACCGUGUACAUAGGACGCGCGUUGAGUAGUGGGAAGAGGCAGGGCUGGAGGGCGCCUGGGCCGGGAAUCACACAUAUACGGUCGGCAAUCUGGUUCUAGGGCGGUCGGUGUGGACACAUGGGUCGACAGGUACAACUCUCAUUCUAUACGCAACGAUAAUACAUAAUGUUACC